AUGGUGAUCCCAAGGUUAAGGAUCUAUCUCCAGGCUCUGGCAAUAGAUGACCAAGCCAUACCUGAUCACACUUAUCAGCAGGGAAUCAUCAAGUACAAAGGAAGGAUACUAAUUGGAGCUACAGGAACUUUGAGACAGCAGCUUAUCUCAUGUAUGCAUGAAUCAUGGAUUGGGGGUCAUUCGGGAAACUUAGGCACUUACCAGAGGCUGAAGGGGUACUUCAUCUGGCCAGGAAUGAAAAGAGAGGUGGAGGACUUUGUCCAACAAUGUCAAACUUGUAAGAUCAGUAAAGGGGAGCAUUGCAAGUACCCCGGACUGUUACAACCAUUGGACAUUCCGGAACAAGCGUGCAACCAUUACACUGCCAAAGGAGUGGCCCAGGUGUUCUUUGAUAACAUAUACAAGCUCCAUGGGUUACCGUCAAGCAUUGUAUCUGAUAGGGGCAAGGUGUUUGGAGACGUAUCUACGGUGCUUGUGCUUCCAACAACCCAAGAAAUGGAAGAGGUGCCUUACUGCUACAGAAAUAAUACUAAUCAUCAUACAGCUCUGCGAAUGUCACCCUUCCAGGCCUUGUACGGGUAUGCCCCACCCCAGUUGAGCCAGAGACAGUAUGCUGACAGAAACAGGAGUGAGAGAUCAUUUGAAGUAGGUGAUCUAGUGUAUCUCAAAUUGCAACCAUACAAACAGACGUCCAUUGCCUUAAGGAGGAAUUUGAAGCUCUCUUCCAAAUACGACGGGCCUUAUAGGGUGCUGGAAAAGAUUGGACCAGUGGCUUAUAGGUUGGAGCUACCUCAGGGAUCAACUGUGCAUCCUGUAUUCCAUAUUUCCCUACUGAAGCCAUCUGCAAAAGGAGCUGUUGUGCACUCGCAACCACCCACGCUCACUGAGGAGAGUGAGGUCAAAAUAACUCCUGCAGUUGUCCUUGCUAGAAGGACUCUGCAACGAAAUGGGAGAGACGUGGAGCAAGCAUUAAUCCAGUGGUAA